AUGAACGGCGAGGAGCAGUACUACGCGGCCACGCAGCUUUACAAGGACCCAUGCGCGUUCCAGCGAGGCCCGGCGCCGGAGUUCAGCGCCAGCCCCCCUGCGUGCCUGUACAUGGGCCGCCAGCCCCCUCCGCCGCCGCCGCACCCGUUCCCUGGCGCCCUGGGCGCGCUGGAGCAGGGCAGCCCCCCGGACAUCUCCCCGUACGAGGUGCCCCCCCUCGCCGACGAUCCCGCGGUGGCGCACCUUCACCACCACCUCCCGGCUCAACUCGCGCUCCCCCACCCGCCCGCCGGGCCCUUCCCGGAGGGAACCGAGCCGGGCGUCCUGGAGGAGCCCAACCGCGUCCAGCUGCCUUUCCCAUGGAUGAAGUCUACCAAAGCUCACGCGUGGAAAGGCCAGUGGGCAGGCGGCGCCUACGUGGCGGAGCCGGAGGAGAACAAGCGGACGCGCACGGCCUACACGCGAGCACAGCUGCUAGAGCUGGAGAAGGAGUUCCUAUUCAACAAGUACAUCUCACGGCCGCGCCGGGUGGAACUGGCUGUCAUGUUGAACUUGACCGAGAGACACAUCAAGAUCUGGUUCCAAAACCGCCGCAUGAAGUGGAAAAAGGAGGAGGACAAGAAGCGCGGCGGCGGGACAGCGGUCGGGGGUGGCGGGGUCGCGGAGCCUGAGCAGGACUGCGCCGUUACCUCUGGCGAGGAGCUUCUGGCGCUGCCGCCGCCGCCGCCCCCCGGAGGUGCUGUGCCGCCCGCUGCCCCCGUUGCCGCCGGAGAGGGCCGCCUGCCGCCUGGCCUUAGCGCGUCGCCACAGCCCUCCAGCGUCGCGCCUCGGCGGCCGCAGGAACCGCGGUGA